UGACAGCAUAUUGCGAUGGUGCUGCAUCUUGGUGUAAGCGGCAGCAUGGGCGCCGUUGCAUGAGGGCUGAGCACGGUCAUGCUCCACGCGAGUCUCUAUUUCGGGUCCCCCAUGGCUCUCACAAGCCACGCUCCUCUUAGCAUCCAGCGUGAAGUUUGAGGCGGGAACGGUCCGCAGCCUGGCCUAGCGGUGUCCUCCAACUGCCCACUCACAUCCUACCCAUGUCCCAAUUUUGGUGCGCGGAUGCCUUGUUGCUCAGUGUGACUAACGGAACCGUUCGCCUGCACGCCCGCAGCCAUGCCCGUGGGCUCAAGCCAUCGACUUGCUAUGAGAUCGGCCAAUGCACUGCCUAUGGCGGAUACCCUGGAAAGCACCAUGUCUACACCCUGCACAUGUUGGCUUGCAGCGUCUAUGACCCUCGUCACUUUUCCAACCCCCAUACUCGAGUACGCUCCUCGUUCGGGGUUGGCUCAGGCACAGCCCGCAGAUAUUUACAGUCUCUUCCUCUCCACAAACCUAUCCGGGCGCAGCAUUUUCUCCUACAAUCGUCGCAAAUGCCUUGUUUUGGACCGGCUUUCCUUCCCAAUCCAGUCUACUACACACCACGUUAAGUCGUCUCCCCUGGCGGCUGUUCCUUAAUUCAACUUUCUGUCCCCCGGCUGCCUAUCAUCAUCCCGUAGGAACAGCACCGACUCGUCCAAGACAUGAUCACUAGCUCAUAGCCGUCUGUCGU